AUGGAGAGGGGUGCUCUCGUGGCAAAAGCUGCAUGUUUGCUAGGGAUUGCACUCAGCAUUGAACUGAUGGUGGAUUAUGUUGAUAUGGAAUGUUCUCUUGACCAUGUAAAACCAAUUGGGAGUUUCUGGUUGUGGGGGGGGGGGGGGGGGGGGGGGGGCGGGGGGGGGGGGGGGGGGGGGGGGGGGGGGGGGGGGGGGGGGGGGGGGGGGGGGGGGGGGGGGGGGGGGGGGGGGGGGGGGGGGGGGGGGGGGGGGGGGGGGGGGGGGGGGGGGGGGGGGGGGGGGGGGGGGGGGGGGGGGGGGGGGGGGGGGGGGGGGGGGGGGGGGGGGGGGGGGGGGGGGGGGGGGGGGGGGGGGGGGGGGGGGGGGGGGGGGGGGGGGGGGGGGGGGGGGGGGGGGGGGGGGGGGGGGGGGGGGGGGGGGGGGGGGGGGGGGGGGGGGGGGGGGGGGGGGGGGGGGGGGGGGGGGGGGGGGGGGGGGGGGGGGGGGGGGGGGGGGGCCGGCGCCCCCCCGCCCGGCCCGGGGCGGGGGGGGGGGGGGGGGGGGGGGGGGGGGGGGGGGGGGGGCCCCCCCCGCCGGGGCGGGGGGGGGGGGGGGGGGGGGGGGGGGGGGGGGGGGGGGGGGGGGGGGGCGCCCCCCCGCCCGGCGGGGGGGGGGGGCGGGGCGGGGGGGGGGGCGGGGGGGGGGGGGGGGGGGGGGGGGGGGGGGGGGGGGGGGGGGGGGGGGGGGGGGGGGGGGGGGGGGGGGGGGGGGGGGGGGGGGGGGGGGGGGGGGGGGGGGGGGGGGGGGGGGGGGGGGGGGGGGGGGGGGGGGGGGGGGGGGGGGGGGGGGGGGGGGGGGGGGGGGGGGGGGGGGGGGGGGGGGGGGGGGGGGGGGGGGGGGGGGGGGGGGGGGGGGGGGGGGGGGGGGGGGGGGGGGGGGGGGGGGGGGGGGGGGGGGGGGGGGGGGGGGGGGGGGGGGGGGGGGGGGGGGGCGGGGGCGGGGGGGGGGGGGGGGGGGUUACCUGUGCUGGUGCGGCGGCGGUACUCGAAAUAG